GCACCGCUGCUUCCUCCUCUGCCAGGUGCCAGUGGACCCUGUGUGUGACCAGGACCUGGCAGGGCUGCUGCCCCAUCCUGCUUCCUGCCAGCAUCUCUGAUCGAGUGCCUGGAGGGAUGUGUGUGCCACCCCUCGGUCCAGUGCCUGUCCCUGAGGUGACGCUGGCUGUGAACCACCUGGUUCCUGUUUCUCCUGUGCACGUAGCUCCCCGGUUGAAUAGCUGUUGCCCGGGAGACGUGGCCCGGGUGCCCUGCUAGGGCAACAGCACCUGCCCACGGGCUGGGAUCAUGAAAGGCCUCGGUGACAGCCGCCCCCGCCACCUCUCCGACAGCCUGGACCCACCUCACGAGCCCCUAUUCGCAGGGCCUGAUCACAACCCCUACCUGCUAUCGCCCACAGAGGCCUUCGCCCGCGAGGCCCGCUUCCCAGGACAGAAUACCCUGCCCGGUGACGGCCUCUUCCCACUCAACAACCAGCUGCCCCCGCCCAGCAGCACCUUCCCCCGAAUCCACUACAACUCCCACUUUGAGGUGCCAGAGGAGAGCCCCUUUCCCAGCCAUGCUCAAGCCACCAAGAUCAACCGGCUGCCUGCCAACCUCCUGGACCAGUUUGAGAAGCAGCUGCCCAUCCACCGUGAUGGCUUCAGCACCCUCCAGUUCCCCCGAGGCGAGGCCAAGGCCCGUGGUGAGAGCCCUGGCCGCAUCCGCCACUUGGUCCACUCUGUCCAGCGACUCUUCUUCACAAAGGCACCCUCACUGGAGGGCACAGCAGGCAAGGUCGGGAGUAAUGGCAGCAAGAAAGGUGUCAUGGAGGACGGCAAGGGCCGGAGGGCCAAAAGCAAGGAGCGGGCCAAGGCUGGGGAGCCCAAACGGCGCAGCCGCUCCAACAUCUCAGGCUGGUGGAGUUCUGAUGACAAUCUGGACGGUGAGGGUGGCGCCUUCCGCACCAGCGGCCCAGCCUCUGGCCUGAUGACUCUGGGCCGCCAGCCGGAACGCAGCCAGCCGCGCUACUUCAUGCACGCCUACAACACCAUCAGUGGGCACAUGCUCAAAGCCACCAAGAACAACACCACUGAGCUGACUGCCCCUCCUCCCCCGCCCGUGCCCCCAGCUGUCUGCCCCAACCCCGGGGUGGGCUCGGACACCAACUAUGUCAAACGGGGCUCCUGGUCCACUCUGACCCUCAGCCAUGCCCAUGAGGUCUGCCAGAAGACCUCAGCCACCUUGGACAAGAGCCUGCUAAAGUCCAAAUCCUGCCACCAGGGUCUAGCCUACCAUUACCUGCAGGUCCCCGGCGGCGGCGGGGAGUGGAGCACCGCCCUGCUGUCCCCACGAGACGGGGACGGUGCGGCCGAGGGGCCCAUCCCUUGUCGGCGAAUGCGCAGCGGCAGCUACAUCAAGGCCAUGGGCGAUGAGGACAGUGACGAGUCUGGCGGCAGCCCCAAGCCGUCACCCAAGACCGCAGCGCGGCGCCAGAGCUACCUGAGGGCCACGCAGCAGUCGCUAGGAGAGCAGAGCAAUCCCCGCAGGAGUUUGGACCGGCUGGAUUCAGUGGACAUGCUGCUGCCUUCCAAAUGUCCAAGCUGGGAGGAAGACUACAACCCCAUCAGCGACAGCCUCAACGACUCCAGCUGCAUCAGCCAGAUUUUUGGACAGGCCUCCCUGAUCCCCCAGUUGUUUGGCCAUGAGCAGCAGGUACGGGAGGCAGAUCUGAGUGACCAGUACGAGGCAGCCUGCGAGUCAGCCUGCAGCGAAGCGGAGUCCGCAGCAGCGGAGGCGCUGGACCUACCGCUGCCCAGCUACUUCCGCUCCCGCAGUCACAGCUACCUUCGCGCAAUCCAGGCAGGCUGUUCACAGGAGGAGGACAGCGUCUCCCUGCAGUCCCUGUCCCCGCCGCCCAGCACCGGGAGCCUCAGCAACAGUCGCACACUUCCCAGUUCAUCAUGUCUAGUGGCGUAUAAGAAGACCCCACCGCCGGUCCCUCCACGAACCACGUCAAAGCCGUUCAUCUCAGUCACAGUCCAGAGCAGUACUGAAUCUGCUCAGGACACCUACCUGGACAGCCAGGAUCACAAGAGCGAAGUGACAAGCCAGUCAGGCCUGAGCAACUCGUCGGACAGCCUGGACAGCAGUACCCGACCACCUAGCGUGACGCAGGGUGGAGUUGCCCCAGCCCCUGAAGCCCCGGAGCCACCCCCAAAACAUGCAGCUCUGAAAAGUGAACAAGGGACACUGACCAGCUCUGAGUCCCACUCCGAGAUCAUCCCCAAAAGGAAACUGUCAUCAAUAGGAAUACAAGUUGACUGCAUUCAGCCAGUGCCAAAAGAGGAGCCCAGUCCCGCUACCAAAUUCCAGUCCAUCGGGGUUCAGGUAGAGGACGACUGGCGAAGCAGCGCCCCCUCUCACAGUAUGUCCUCCCGACGGGACACGGACUCGGAUACCCAGGAUGCUAAUGACUCAAGCUGUAAGUCAUCUGAGAGGAGUCUCCCAGACUGUACCCCACACCCCAACUCCAUCAGCAUCGAUGCUGGCCCCCGGCAGGCCUCCAAGAUUGCCCAAAUCAAGCGCAACCUCUCCUAUGGAGACAACAGUGACCCUGCCCUGGAGGCAUCCUCACUGCCCCCGCCUGACCCCUGGCUUGAGACGACCUCCAGCUCCCCAGCAGAGCCGGCACAGCCAGGGACCUGCCGCCGAGAUGGCUACUGGUUCUUGAAGCUACUUCAGGCAGAAACAGAGCGGCUAGAAGGCUGGUGCUGCCAGAUGGACAAGGAGACCAAAGAGAACAACCUCUCUGAAGAAGUCUUAGGAAAGGUCCUCAGUGCUGUGGGCAGUGCCCAGCUACUGAUGUCCCAGAAAUUCCAGCAGUUCCGAGGACUCUGUGAGCAGAACUUGAACCCUGACGCCAACCCACGUCCAACAGCCCAGGACCUGGCAGGGUUCUGGGACCUGCUACAGCUGUCCAUCGAGGACAUCAGCAUGAAGUUUGAUGAACUCUACCACCUCAAGGCCAACAGCUGGCAGCUGGUGGAGACCCCGGAGAAGAGGAAGGAAGAGAAGAAACCACCCCCUCCAGUCCCAAAGAAGCCAGCCAAAUCCAAGCCGGCAGUGAGCCGUGACAAGGCUUCAGAUUCAGGGGACAAACAGCGUCAGGAGGCCCGAAAGAGACUCCUGGCAGCCAAGCGGGCAGCUUCUGUGCGGCAGAACUCAGCCACAGAAAGCGCAGACAGCAUCGAGAUCUAUGUCCCUGAGGCCCAGACCAGGCUCUGAGACCACGAAGGAGGAACGAAACAAUUUUAAAUCAUUAAAUACACACACAAAAACAACGCAGAUGGAACAAAAUUUUAUCAACCUUUAGUAUGGUUAUUCUCUCUAGAGACCCUGAGCCAGUUUUCAAAUUGAUGUAUACAAGGGCUCACAAUUUGGCUUUUUUGGGUCCCUCCCAGCUUUAGGUUAUGAAGACUUCACACACAAAAACCGUCAACAAAACUAGAAAACUUUUUUCCCCUCUUGCUGGCCGUGGUGGACUAGGUAGAUGGACUUCAGCAAUUCCCCAGCUGAGCCUCAGACUUCAGUCUUUUUACUUGUUCUAUCUAAUGAGAACUUAAACUAGCUUGUUUACAAGACAACGACAGUCCAAGGGCAGCCUUGGGCACCUGCCAUGUCCCUCCUCUCCCAGCUACCCUGCUCUGACCUUGGAUUUUUCAUUCUACAUUUUUCUUUCACCUUCAGAGAGCUCACAGGGGUCCCCAUCAAGGCCAAUGGCUUUUGUGGCUAAGGGCUCAGAGAAAAUCGAGAUUACAUGCAUCCCUCCUCCCCCACCAAGCGCUCACACACGCUUGCACGUGCACACACAGACGGGGCUGCCCUCCCCCAUGACCUGCCAGCCCUAGGCAGAGUCAGGUAGGACUUACCUCUCCACAGAUAAAGAAGGCGUUGGUCUUGGGGGAAAUGAGGUGAAGCCAGGUUACCACACUCCAGCGGUUUUUCUCCAGCCCUCCUUCCUUCAGCAGAUUUAGGACUGUGGCUUUGGCCACAGGGUGGGGUUGUCUGUCCUUGGCCACGCCUGUGUCCAGUCCCCGAGGGCAAGUGGCGGUCUGUACGUAUGUGUACAUAUGCACAUAGACCUUAGAGUGUAUAUUUAAGACCCAUCUGCUCACCCAUGCCUACCAGCGCUGCCGCCACUGGCUCUCGGGCACCUGGCAGGAAGCAGGUGUGUGAAUAGCAUAUAUUUUUACAUGUACUAUAUCUAGGUGUGUGUACAAGUGUGUGUAAAAAUAUAUACCUUGUGUGUAAGCAGCCUUUGGGGGGGGGUCUUACCUCCUAUCAGCCCCGCCUGAGUUUCCUAUUCUUUUUUUUUUUUUUUUAAAUCCCAAUCAUCCUGUCCCGCAUCCCCACUCCCGGGGUGUCUUGAGCCCUGAGCUGCAAAGGCCCAGGUCUGCAGGGCGGGGUGGGGAGGGCAAGGCAAGGGCAGGCAGCCUGGCAGAGGCCGUGUGCAGCAGAGCUCAGCACACGAGGGGCUGCUCUAUACUGUGUAUACGACUCGGGGGCACUGGAGACAUCCUCUUGUCUGGUGUGUGCUGCGGGGUGAACCAAGGGCCUGCUCUGAGGCCCCAUUCCAGCUUGGCCGCCGUCUGUGACCUUGGGCAAGUCACUUGACCUCUGUGUGCCUCAACUUCCUCCUCUGUAAAAUGGGGACAGUCCCUGCCCCUCCCUACCUCACAGGCAUGUUGUGAGAAUAAAUGAGGUAAUGUGUA